AUGGUCAAGUCUCGCUCCAUGCGAGGCAUCCUAGUCACGGACAACCUGCCGCAGCUCCAGAACCUCGUCAAGCGUGACCCCGUCGCGUACAAGGAGGAGUUCAUGAUCCAGUACAACCACUACCUCUCGCUCCUGCGGCUUCAGACUGUUGCGCCGGCUGCGGGAUCGUCAAAUGACAAGACGACUGACAGCUUCGAGGACCUCAUUACCUUUGUCUCGCAGUGCGCGCAGUGCUAUCCCAAGAUCACCGAGGACCUGCCGAAGCAGCUGAGCGCCAUGCUGCUCGGCAAGGACGGGUUCAUGAUGCUCAAGGGCGACACGCGCGAGACCGCUGUGCGCAACCUCGUCAUGUUACGCAACAAGGACGUCAUCGACUCCAUUCAGCUUCUCCAGACGCUCCUUCCCCUGCUCCCGCACGCCGGGCGCGACCUCCGCCAGACUAUCCGGAGAACCAUCCUCACCGACCUCAAGACGUCGAACCUGAAGGCCAAGAACCACCGCCUCAACCGCGUCGUGCAGGGCUUACUCUUCGGCAUGAUCGAGAGCGGCAUGGGCGCCGAGGUGAUCGGCAACAAGGGCAAGGGCAAGAGCAAGGAGACGGGCGGCGAAGCGAUGUGGGCCGUCAUGAUGGUGCGCGAGCUGUGGCGCAAGGGUGUGUGGACGGACUCCAAGACUGUGUCCAUUGCCGCACUCGCAGCGUUCCACCCCAACACCAAGGUGCAGUCUGCGGCGCUGCACUUCUUCCUUGGCUCGGACGCGGACGCGGAUCGCGAGGACGACAGCGACGACGAAGACACGGUCGCAAACGCCCGGCGAGACCUCAAGGGCGCACAACAUCGCGCUGGGAUCAAUAAGGACGGGAGGAAGCGGCAGCGCCAGGUCGAGAAGCUCAACAGGGCCACGAGCAAGGCGAGGAAAGAUCGCGCGACUCAAGUUUCUGUCAACUUCCCCGCACUCGAGCUCCUGAACGACCCGCAGACAUUCGGCGAGAAACUCUACGAUAACCUCCACAAACACGACAAACAGUACUCGCUCGAGCACAAGGUGCUUAUCAUGCAGCUGCUCUCGCGCGUCAUGGGCGUGCACAAGCUCUGCAUCCUGGGCUUCUACACCUACAUUAUCAAGUACCUCACCUACCACCAACUGCAGGUCACGCUCAUCCUGGUUGCGCUCGCGCAGUCGGUGCACGAACUCACGCCUCCCGACGUGCUCACGCCGGUUAUCCGCAAGCUCGCGCAGGAGUUUGUGCACCCCGGUGUUGGCGCCGAGGUGAUCGCUGCCGGUAUCAAUGCGAUCCGAGAGGUGUGCCGUCGUCAGCCGUGGUGCAUGGAGGAGGACCUUCUGAGCGACCUGAUCGAGUACAAGAAGUCCAAGGACAAGGGUGUCGCGACUGCCGCAGGUGGUCUUCUACAGCUCUUCCGCGAGGUGAACCCCGGUAUGUUGCGUAAGCGCGACCGUGGAAAGACGGCAACCAUGGGCCUUAUCGACGGCCAGGUCGCCGCGUACGGCUACUCCAAAGUCGCGGCGGAGGGCAUCGAGGGCCUGGAGCUUCUCGACGAGCACUUUGCUGCGAUGCGCAAGGAGGCGAACGGCGGGGUCAGCGAUGACGAGGCGGCGUUCGACGAGGAGGACGAGGGCGGCUGGGACAACUUUGAGGUCGAGUCGGACUCGGACUCGGACUCCGAGGGCGGGUGGAUGGACGUCGUGUCGGACGGCGACGACGACAUUGUCAUGUCUGACUCAGACGACGACGAGCCCAAGGCCAAGAAGCGGAAGACCAAGGCUAAGGACGAGGCCGAGGAGGAGGACGACGACGCCAAGUCUGUCGCCUCCACAUCGACUACAGCUACCGAAGCGAAGAAGUUAUCGCUGCUGGCGCAGCAGAAGAUCCUCACGCCUGCCGACUUUGCGCUGCUCAACGAGCUGCGACUCAAGGCCGCACAGGAUGCGGUCGAGAAGGGUGGCGGUUCGGCGGCCAAGCGCAAGCUUGCACAGCUCGAGGCAGCCAAGCGCAGCACGACGGCCGAGGAGCAGUCGCGUUUCCUGACCGAGGGCGAGAUUCUCGGCGUUCGCAAGCGCUCCAAGAUGACGUACGAGGAGCGCAUGGAGCACAUUGCCAAGGGGCGCGAGGGACGCGAGAAGUUCGGUUCGCUCAAGGGCAAGAAGAACAAGGAGAAGGCGUCUUCGAGCACGAACCGCGAGAAGGCGCGCAACAAGCCCCUCAUGAUGGCAGUGCAUUCGAACAAGGUCGUGCAGAAGAAGAAGGCGAGUCUGCGCGACAAGCAGAUACGUCUUCGUGCUUCCAUCGAGAAGCAGAAGAAGAUGAAGCACUAG